AUGAUUUCUAAGACAGAGCCGGCUACCUGGCAGCCUCUAUCAAUCGCCAUUGUUGGCGGUGGUAUUGGUGGUCUCGCAGCGGGUAUCUCGCUUCGACGCGCCGGUCAUAUAGUCACUAUUUACGAGCGUGCUGAUUUUGCUGGUGAAGUUGGUGCUUCUAUCUCAUGCGCAGCCAAUGGUACUCGAUGGCUUCAUGAAUGGGGCGUCAAUGUUGAGAUGGGAGAUCCAGUUAUUCUGCGCAAACUUAUCAACCGAGACUGGGAAACAGGUGAGGCGAUGAACGUUUUUGAUUUAGCAGACUAUGAGGAGAAAUGGGGACACGUUUAUAAUAUGUUUCACCGACAGUAUAUGCAUGCCAUGUUAAUGGAAAGCGCUGUUGGAGAAGCGGGUGAAGGAACACCGGUCAAGUUGACUGUCAACCACAAGUGCGUCAAUAUCGAUACUGCAUCCGGCCUCAUAACAUUCGAGAACGGCCAUACGGCUCAACAUGACGUUGUUAUUGGCGCUGAUGGAAUCGGCUCCGUCGUACGUAGCUUGAUAGACAUUCACCCAGAAAAGAAGCCUUCCACCUCCAGCUGUCUUCACACCAACGUCACGACAGAGGAAGCCGUUGCCCUUGGCCUCGUCGACUACUCCCAGAACAGCGCUAUCGAAUACUGGGGAGGUCACGGCACACCCAAUAAAAUUGUCCUCUCUCCUUGCAACGGUGGUAAGCUGCUUUCUUACUACUGCUUCUUUCCCAGAGAAAAGGGAGACUUCGCAAGCCACAAAUGGGAUGAAGAGUCUACCGUUGAAGAAUUGCUAGCUCCAUAUCCGGAUCUAGACCGCAAUGUGUUCAAGCAUCUAAGCAUUGGUAAAGAUAUCCGUCCUUGGAGAUUGUGGGUGCAUAAACCCUAUGAAUGGUGGCAGAAAGGGGUUGUUUGUGUGAUGGGAGACGCCGCACAUCCGAUGAUGCCAGAUCAAAGUCAAGGAGCCUGCAUGGCCAUCGAAGACGCAGCUUGUCUUGGUCUAGUUUUCAGCAAGGAACAUUUCCGCGGCGACAUCCGUGAAGCUCUAGAAGUGUACGAGAAGAUUCGCAAGCCUCGGGCAACAAGAGUCCAAGCAGCCUCACAAAGAGCCAGGGAGAAUAUUUAUGAGCGCAUUGGAUUCUCGAGCAACACGAACAACGAGAAAUAUACCGUACAAGACGAGUCUAACAAAUUAACUAUUGAAGAGAUGAACUCGUACGAUAUGAAAAAGGAUGUCGCAAGCGUAUUUGCCAACCGAUCCGAAAUUUAA